UUUCCAAGAACAGAUUUACUGAAAUUCCUCCUGAUGUCUGGCUGUUUGCACCACUGGAAACGUUAAAUUUGUAUCACAACUGCAUCAAAUCCAUUCCAGAAUCUAUAAAAAACCUGCAAAUGCUUACCUACCUGAACAUUAGUCGAAAUCUUCUGUCAACGUUGCCAAAAUACCUGUUUGAUCUUCCACUUAAAGUUCUGGUUGUCAGUAAUAACAAGCUGGUCUCCAUUCCAGAAGAAAUUGGAAAGCUGAGAGAUCUAAUGGAGUUGGAUAUUAGCUGCAAUGAACUUCAGGUUCUUCCCCAGCAAAUAGGAAAACUGCAGUCACUUAGAGAAUUAAACAUAAGAAGAAAUAAUCUCCAUAUGUUGCCAGAUGAACUAGGAGACCUUCCUUUGGUAAAGCUGGAUUUUUCUUGUAAUAAAAUUACAGAAAUUCCAAUUUGUUACAGAAAGUUACGUCACUUACAAGUAAUAGUUUUGGAUAACAAUCCAAUGCAGAUACCACCAGCACAGAUAUGCUUAAAGGGUAAAGUACAUAUAUUUAAAUUCCUCAGCAUUCAGGCAUGCCUCAGAAUAGAUAAAAAACCAGAUUCCUUGGAUCUUCCAUCGCUGGGUAAACGAAUCCCCUCCCAGCCACUGACAGACAGUAGCAUAGAGGACUUUUAUCCCAAUAAAAAUCAUGGACCAGACUCUGGCAUUGGAAGCGAUAAUGGAGAUAAAAGAUUGUCCACAACAGAACCAUCUGAUGAUGAUACAAUCAGCCUUCACUCCCAGGUAUCAGAAUCAACAAGGGAACAGACAUUGAGGAAUGACAAUCAUGUAAUGGGGAAUAAACUCGAUCCACAGAAAGACCAGGAGGUGUAUGAUUACAUUGAUCCUAAUGCAGAGGAGGGAGCUGUUCCUGAGCAGGGAGAUGUGCAGAUUGGACCACUGCUGUCUUAUAUAAAGGAACGAGGAAAACACCCUGAAAAAUCCCAAAAGAUAGAGCACAAUGAGGACUGGGGAGAUGAAAAAAGACUUCAGAAAGAGCAGCUGCUGGCUGAGGAAGAUGAUGAAAUCAAAGAAGUGACAGACUUGAGAAAAAUAGCUGCUCAGUUACUGCAGCAAGAACAAAAACACAGACGAAGGCCAUUAAGCUAUAGAACUUCAUUCAGUGAAAAGCUCUUCCAGAGGACGAGGGCGGCAGGACGUGCAUCCAGGCUUCUUAACCAUUCAGCCUCAGUAAGCACGAGGAACAGGCCAAAGCAGCCAGUGGAGUCUGAAAAAUGUGUCUCAACAGAUGAAGUGAACUCUCCAGUGUCUCCAUACAGCUGGCAGCCACUGGAAAACCAGAAGGAUUCAGUGGACGAUCAGCGCUGGCCAGAAACACAGCCAAUAAUUUGGCAGAAUGAAGAAAGGAGGAGAAGUAAACAAAUUAGAAAAGAGUAUUUCAAGUAUAAAUCUUCCAGAAAGAGUUCAAGUGGAAAUGAAAACGAUGAGCAAGACAGUGAUAAUACUAAUGUGUCCCCACAGUCUCCUGUGUCGUCCGAGGAUUAUGAGAGGACUGAUAGUAACACUCAUGGUCCGUUUGGUCUCAAACCAAGGUCAGCUUUCAGCCGUGCAGCUCGCCAGGACUAUGGAGCAAUGGAUCCUGGAUUUACAAUGAGGAGGAAAAUGGAGCAUUUAAGAGAAGAAAGGGAACAAAUAAGACAACUUCGCAAUAAUCUUGAAUCAAGGUUAAAAGUAAUCUUGCCGGAUGACAUUGGGGCAGCACUGAUGGAUGGAGUAGUUCUUUGCCAUCUAGCCAAUCACAUAAGGCCACGCUCUGUUGCCAGCAUUCACGUACCAUCGCCAGCAGUGCCUAAACUCAGUAUGGCAAAGUGCCGAAGAAAUGUUGAGAACUUUCUGGAUGCUUGUAAAAAAUUGGGUGUUCCACAGGAGAGACUUUGCUUGCCUCAUCACAUACUGGAGGAAAGGGGUCUGGUGAAGGUUGGCCUCACAGUUCAAGCUCUGCUUGAAUUGCCCACGUUGAAAGUAUCUCAGCUUUCUGCCAUGUAAUGCUACUUCUUGGAAGCUCUGGAGCAGUUUACCUUCCUACAUAGGAUUCCUACAUAGGAAGAUCCAAGCCAUCAAAAACUAAUGUCUGUCCAGAUGCUGUAGAGAGCCUUACUUUGGAAUUAUAAUGAAAACCUUGGAGUCAGCUGAUGUUAAAAUACCGUAACGAUUUGUUUCCUUUUGUAGUUGGGUGCACAAAGAUUUUGCAUCAGAUUCUCUUUCCAUUUAAAAGUUAAAACUUUAAGUUCAAAAUGACCAUUUAGCAUCUCACAAUGUUACAGUUAAGUGCUGGAUUUCUUUUUCUACAUUGGAAACGGUUUUUGAAUUAAUUUAGAAGUACAAAACCUGAUCCUCCUUGCUUGAAUUAUUAAGGUCAACUAUCUGAUUUAAAGGAAAACAAAAACGUGGCGAUGAUAUGAUGGUAAAAACGCAGUGGCUGAUAGCUGUAAUCCACUUCCACUCUCUUAGAAACCUUAACAUUAGUGUUCUUUCUUUUUAUUUUUGCACUCCUGAUUGUAACUUACGCACUUCCAACAUUGCCAGUAUUUAGUCUUGAGUGUGUGGUGAUGCAAAACAAUGGGAAAAAGGACACUCUGAGUUUUUUUUCCAGUCUUCUAGGUUGGUGCCAAAUAUUUUUUUCAGUUGUACUGUAGAUUGUUUACAUGUGAAGUGCCUGUGUAACUGAUAACUCUUACUAGUCUUAAACAUUUUUUUGAGAUUUCUUUGUUGAAAAUAGAUAAAAUGGGAAUUUUUAAAUAUUUUAAUAGUUUUUUGUAAAAUCAAUACGUGGAGAUUUAACUAAUGCUUCACAUUUUUUGAUGUUGGGUGUUUUAAGUUUGUUGCACAGUUGAUUGUCGUUAUCUAAUAAUUAGAAAAGACUGUAAAUACACUUUAUUUAUGAUAUUUAAUUUGAUAAUACCUAAUCACUUUUUGUUUGUUUUAAUGUAUUGUUGGAUAAACAAAGCUGUCUACUUUUCUUUGCUUGGGACAAACAAAUACACGUGGUGAGUACGAUGUGAGGACUCGUGAUGCAUACAGAGUAAUCGAGGACAUUUUGAUAAAACUGCCAAAAUCUCAGGUUUAUACUGUGAAUCCCAGGACUUUAUGUAAUACUGCUCCUGAGUUCACAUUACAUUUCUACAAUUUGCCAUUACCCAUCAUUUAGUUGAGGAAUAUCGGUGUUUAUCCUUGUCACGUUCACGGGAUUUAUUGUGAUUUGCAUAACACACAGAUCAGUUUGUACAGAUGUCACUGUGCUGAGACAUUGGACUUCUGAAAAAGUAGAAUUCCCACUGUGCUGCAUUGUUUGUUUUGAUCUUCUUUAUGUAUUCUGCGCAGAUUCUCAGUAUUUUGAGAGUAUUCUGAAACCGUGCACAGAAUACACAGCUGAAUUCAUCUCCAAAAAGGCUGCAAAUAAUUUGGUGAUCUUAGUAGCAGGUUGAAUUAGUUUGUUGGAUAGGUAGUUCAUAUUUAAAAGAAAAAGGAAAAAAAAAAACACCUCUGUCACAGAUAUUCCAUUUUAGGCUGAAUUAAUUUUGACUGAGGGAUGUGUUUGCCAUGUGUGUAACAGGAUUUGGUUCUGUCCUUUCAGGUUUCACAACUCGUUGAAAAGCUGAUGUAAAACUGCAUUUCCAAAGUCCAAAUCUGAAAUCUUUCUCAAACAGAAUACAUGUGUAAUCUGUAUUGCUUUGACCUUUUGAAAUGCUGUAGAUGCUGUAACUCAACCUGGUUUUUGUAUCGUUCACGUAAUACUCAUUUUAACAACUUAAAUCUAUUUCUUACAAAAGGCAGUACCUGUAAUUCUGUGAUCUGAGGACAUGCUAAGACUAAGAAGAGAAGGUAAUGCGUUUCAUUAAGCAGAUUUCUUGUUGCUGUGUGCUGCAGUUGAAGAACACAACCAUCCAACAGGAGUAACUCAUUGUCUUUCAGUUCCUUGCUGUGUAGUAUCUGAUGGCUGUAACAGUUCUGUUUCAGUUUGUUGGCUGUUGAA